CGCCUUUACCUGUUAGAACCAGGAAAUCCUAGGCCUUGGCGAAAAGACUUCCCUUGUGUUUACAACUAUCUCGGGUGUGGAAUUAUUGAAAAGUCGGAUUAAAGAGGAUUUUUCAAGCAGCCUACUUUGUAGGCGCAAAUAACUUACCAACUUCGACCUCCACUUGUGAACAGCCCAGUAGAGACCAGUCCAACACCGACCUGUUCCGGUCCAGCUGUUCCUGGGACAGAUUCUACUGGACCAAAGAAGCCCAGCACCUCUACCUCGGUCGUCUCUCUGCACCAAGCUACUCUGCUAUUCUGAGGCAGAACCCAGUCAUGGAGGAGACAGUGUGGGAGCAGUACACUGUGACGCUGCAGCGGGACCCUAAGAUGGGCUUCGGCAUUGCAGUGUCAGGGGGGCGGGACAACCCCAACGACGACAGCGGAGAGAUGUCCAUAGUGGUGUCGGACGUGCUGCAAGGAGGGCCUGCUGAUGGGCUUCUAUUUGAGAGCGACCGUGUGAUCCAGGUGAAUGCCACAUCCAUGGAGGGCGUCUUCCACAGCUUCGCAGUACAGACCCUCAGGAAGUGUGGAAAAGUAGCCAAGAUAACGGUCAAGAGGCCGCGGAAGGUUCCGGUGAACCUGAAGCGUGACCCUUCCCCCGACGACCGCGUGUUCAGCAACGACUACAACGACGACUACGACCAGGACCGCCGCAGCCUCUACAGCAGCCGCAGCGGCCUGCCCGACCGCGACCGGGACCGCGACCACAGCCUGGAGCGGGUCGGAGGCUACACGGACUCGGGCUACCAGACCCGAGAGAGGGACUACGGCCGCGAGGAGCGGGGCCGGAGCACGGAGCGCGACUUCGCCCCUGAGCGAGCUUUUAGACGAGACGGCAGCCAAGGUCGGACCCUGGACCGCGACCACAGCCCCGACCGGCGCUAUCGCAGCGACCGCGCGCUAGACCGCGACCACAGCCCCGACCGGCGCUAUCGCAGCGAGCGCAUGCUGGACCGCGACCACAGCCCCGACCGGCGGUACAAAAGCGACCGCACGUUGGACCGCGACCACAGCCCCGACCCACGCUACCGAGGGCCUCCCAGUCCCGACCACGGCUUUGAGCGCGGCCGCAUCCCCAGCGACCGCGACCACAGGAAGUACGAGCCGCGGCAGGAAGAGCCCAUGAGGAGGGCCGGCAGCAGAGACCGCCUGGAGCGCUCGCCGUCGCCCCCCGCCAUGCCGAUCCCCGUGGCCUGCCCCCCGCGUGACCACGACCCCCUGGAGAAACCCCUGAACGUGUUGCUGCUGAAGAACAGGCCCAACGAAGAGUAUGGCCUUCGACUGGGCAGCCAGCUGUUCAUUAAGGAGAUGACCAGCACAGGGCUGGCCUGCAGGGACGGGAACCUCCAGGAGGGGGAUAUCAUCCUGAAGAUAAACGGCACGGUGACAGAGAACCUGUCCCUGGGGGACGCCGGCAGGCUGAUUGAGAAGUCUCGCGGCCGCCUCCAGCUGGUGGUCCAGCGUGACCGGAGGCAGGUCCUGAUCCGCAUCCCGCCGCUGGCCGACAGCGACUCUGAGCUCGAUGAUCUUUCCGAGAUCGAGUCGUACCGCUCCUACUCGCCGCAGGAUGACCGGCGCGCCGUGCCCUCCGACCUGUCCUCCCACUCCUCCAAUGAGAGGCUCCGAGAGAAGCCCAGGGACGAUCCUCCUAGCCGCCUUGCGAAGAUGGGCGCCAAGGCAACGCCGUUCAGAGUUCCAGACCGACCUGUGGAUGACACGCCUCCCCUGCCUGCUGAGAGGGAGGAGCCUCGGCCGGACACGCCCCCAGCACCUGUCGUAACUGUUGCUCCCAAACUGCGUGCUGCACCCAAGACCCUGCUGAAGCCCAGUCUGGAGGACCAGGAGAUUUACGGGCCCAACACAGUGAUGGUGAUCUUCCAGAAGGGGGACAGUGUGGGUCUGAGGCUGGCUGGGGGGAACGACGUGGGCAUCUUCAUCGCUGGGGUCCAGGAGGACAGCCCCGCUGAGCUGGAGGGACUACGCACCGGGGACCAGAUCAUGAAGGUGAAUAGCAUGGACUUCAGGGGGAUGCUACGAGAGGAUGCUGUGCUCUACCUCCUGGAGGUCCCUAAAGGAGAGGAAGUCACUAUCCUGGCCCAGAGCAAGCCUGAAGUCUACCAGGACAUCCUGGCCUCAGGCCGAGGAGACUCCUUCUUCAUCCGGACACACUUUGAGUACGAGAAGGAAGCCCCCCAGAGCCUGCCCUUCUCCAGGGGGGAGAUCUUCAAGGUGGUGGACACGCUGUACGACGGCAAGCUGGGCAACUGGCUGGCCAUCCGCACGGACAAGGACAACCAGCUGCUGGAGAAGGGCAUCAUCCCCAACAAGAGCAGAGCCGAGCAGAUGUCCAACGUCCAGAACGCCCAGAGGGUAGCAGCCAACGACAACAGGGGAGACUUCUGGAGGCUGCGAGGUCAAAGGGCGGCCAAGAAGAAGGACCUGCGGAAGAGCCGGGAGGACCUGACGGCCACGCCUCUGACCACGCGCUUCCCCGCCUACGAGAGGGUGGUCCUACGAGAGGCUGGCUUCAGAAGACCUGUGGUGCUCUUCGGACCCAUCGCUGACGCCGCCAACGAGAAACUGGCCAAUGACCUUCCUGAGGAGUUUGUCAUAGCCAAGACUGAGCCCAAGGAUGCUGGCAGUGACAAGUCCUCAGGGGUGGUGAGACUGAACACCAUCCGACAGAUCAUCGAACAGGACCUCCACGCCCUCCUGGACGUGACCCCCAAGGCAGUGGACACCCUGAACUACACCCAGUGGUACCCCAUCGUGGUGUUCCUCAACCCAGACAGCAAGCAGGGCGUGAAGGCCAUGAGGAACCGCCUGGUUCCCGGCUCCAACCGCAGCGCCCGCAAGCUGUAUGAGCAGGCGGUCAAGCUGAGGAAGACCUGCGGACACCUCUUCACAUCUACUGUGGAUCUGAACUCUGUGAACGAUGCCUGGUACGGAAGCCUGAAGGACUCAGUCCGAGAGCAGCAGGAGAGAGCUGUGUGGGUCUGUGAGGGCAAGCUGGAUGGCUCAGAGGAAGAACUGGAUCUCCAUGACGACCGGAUGUCCUACCUGUCAACCAUGUCAGCUGACUACCUGAGCAUGGACAGCCGAUUGACCAGCGACUACGAGGACACGGCCGACGAGGGCGGGGCUUACACUGACAACGAGCUGGACGAGCCAAUGGACGAGCCGCAGGUGUCAGCCAUCAGCCGCUCCUCGGAGCCCGUGCUGCCAGAGGAGAAGCCCCACCCUGUCCCCCCGGCACGUAUGAGGAGGUCUGGGAGCAGGGAGGUCCUGAGAGACACCAGCCCUCCCCCCUCCUUUGUCCCUGAGCCCCCCAAGGUGAGGGCCCGUGACUCCGCCCGCGGCUACGACUCCCACUCCAGCAGCACCAUCAGCAGCGAAGCCCCAGGGGGCACCAAGCCGGCUCCUCCCCCCGUGGCCGUCAAGCCCAGCCUCCCCCACCUCCCCCAGGCUCCAGCCAGCCAGGCCGGGGAGGACCCAGCCAACCGCUCCUUUUUGGGGAAGGUGAAGGCCUUCGAGCAGAUGGACCACCUGGCCCGGGCCCAGAGGAUGCUGGAGCUGCAGGAGGCCGAGCAGGCGCGGCUGGAAAUCGCCCAGAAGCACCCAGACAUCUACGCGGUCCCAAUGAAGCUGCCCAAGCCCAACCUGAACCGCCCCCAGCCCAUAGGGUCCAGCUCCAACCCCGAGCCCCAGAACCCGCCCUCCAGGCCCCCGUACUCCGAGGCCCGCGGCCAAUACCACGACGACGAGGAGGCGUACCGCCGCCAGCUGGCCGACCAGACCAGACGGGGUUACUAUGGCAACCCGCAGAAAUACAAAGACACGGAGCUGUAGAGUCUGAGCAGACGCCUGCCUAAGAUCCACCUUCUUUUGCUUCUCCUCCAAUCAGGGACUUGCUGUGUCCGAAAAGUCUUGUAGAUUUGAUUGGACGAGGAUGUGUCCCGUGCUCUGUUAGCUCCGCCUGGUGGCGGGUCAGAGAUAUGACCAGAUUCGAAUGUGUCUUAACCGACGGUACCGAUCUCAACCACGAUCAUCAGCCAUUACUCCUUUUCCCUGGCCUCUCCGAGUCAUCACUAAUGCUUGCUGAUGGAAGUCGCGUACCCUGUAGAGUCUGUAUGUAUGUGUGCCCCACGGUUGUUUUUAUAAACCUGACAUUUUCAGUGUAUUUAUCUUUUACUUUCCAUUCACGUAUCCGAUGCAGUAUAAAACAGCUUAUGCAACUAAAUGUAGCUACAGCUGCUCUCUGUGAUCAGCCAGUGCUUGGCUAGAAGCUGGAGUAUCUGUCCUUAUAUUUCUAAUGUUGCUUCAUCCAUCCAGAUGUAGUAGUUGUAUUCCUCCGUGUUGAGGGGUGGUGCUUGUGGAGCCUCCUGUAUGGGAACCAGCACGUUUUAAAAUGCCUUACACGCUUGGGGAUGUCUGUUCACUGAAAGGACAAGCAAGCAUGAAGCUCUUGGUCCCAAUGUUGUUACCAUCGGGUAUGGUUUGAGAAGAAAAAAAAAGCUUGUUUUAUUUCUUUUGUGUAUUAGUUUCAUAGAGACAGUCACUGUUCUGGCGUCUCCUGUGCGUAUACUAUAUAUAUAUAUAUAUAUAUAUAUAAAUAUAUGCGCGUAUACUCAGAGACGCUCAUCUUUUUAUACCAGAGAAUCACAAUAUACGUCUUCAUGUCUGUUUCUUUAUACUGAAUGUCUGAUUCUUUAUCGAUCGAGUACUCAAAUUUCUGGAAUAAAUACAAAUAAAUAAUUGUUA